CCGCAUCAAACUCUCAACGGUCAAAAAUUCAAAAUCCAUCACUUUCAUGGCCGUUUCUCAAUUUCAUUCUUUGAUAAACAAUAUUUCUUCCAUCUUUACAUACAAAGCUAACUCACUUUACACAAAUCAAUCAUGAGGUUCUGCUUUCUACCUUGUUUCUCACCUUCCAAACGCCAAAACCACUUUUCUUCUUCUGAGCCUCUCAAUAAUGCUAAUGAUACCAUUCAUCCAAAUCCUGUCCUUGAAGAAUCCAUCCACUGGAUAUCAUCAGAAUCAAAGGAAAAAGUAACACCCACCAAACAAAACCAUGAACAAGAUGAAUGUUCAGAUUCACUCUUUUCUGUUUCUAUUGGUCGUGGAAAACCAGUGUCAGCACAAGAAAAUGCUGCUGAGACUGAAGUUACCAGUACUCCAAUGAAACUCCAUCCAAGUGUUCCGGAACCAAAGCAAAAGUCCACCGAAGGCAAGGGUGAAAAAGAAGAAGAUAGAAAGGUGAAUCAAUCUCUGUUGGAGUAUAGAUAUCGAGAAUGUUAUGAUAAUGAUGGAAACGAUGAUAUUAACCUUGAUGAUGAUGAUGAUGGUGAUGAUGAUUUUCUCAAUGAGAAAACAGAAAAUGGGUCUUCAGAAUCUUCUUUGUUUUCUCUAUCCACUGAUUUUAGUGACAGAAAAAAAGUUUCAUUUUCAUCAACUGAAAAUGUUGAUAACGAAGUUAGCAGUAAAAUGGUGGCACUCCAAGAAGAUGAUGAUGAAGUUUUGUCAGUGCUGAAUCCAAUUGAGAAUGUUAGUUGUCAAGGGAAGGUGAAAGCGUUGAAUCCUAUAAAGAAAGACAAAGAAAAUAACUAUAGGAUUGAAGAAGAGACUAGUUUGAAGGUAUCAUCAUCAUCUAAGAGAAAGAUGAAGGAGGAAAUUGGGGUAGAUACGAGCCUCUCGGAUUGGUUGGUUGAAUCAGAAAAUAAGGAAAAUAUAGGAAAAAGAGGAGAUGUUGAGGAUAGGCCAAUUCUGAGAACAUUGAGAGUUGAAGAAAUAAGAAAGUGUAGUUCAGUCUCUAAAACAUGUUCUAAAUCCGACAAAUGUGUAAAGGAUGGGAAACAAGAUUGGAGUUCAGCAACGAUAAAGACCAGACAAGAACCAGCGUUUGAAGGCAGUGUUGAAAACUGAGAUGAUUGAGAUUUCCUGGUUUUUGUUUUGUGCAAAUACCAUGUAAUUAAUUAAGACUCUGGUUUUUUCAUUUGUUCUAUUUUGUUUUUGUAUUUGCAAUCAUUGGGAAAUAAAUGAGUGUUUAGGAUGUGA